AUGAAGGGAGGUUGCGAUGGUUCCGUCCUCCUUAACGCGUCCGACGAGAACCCUCGUCCUGAGACGGCAGCGCCGGUGAGCAUCGGGCUGGAAGGAUUCGACAUCCUGGAGGAGAUCAAGGCCGAUCUCGAGAGGAGGUGCCCCGGCGUGGUCUCCUGCGCCGACAUCCUCAUCUUCGCCGCCCGCGACGCCAGCAGCAUCCUCAGCAACGGCCGCGUCCGCUUCGACGUCCCCGCGGGCCGCCUCGACGGCGUCGUCUCCUCCGCCUACGAGGCCCAGGCGGAGCUCCCGGAUCCCACCUUCACCAUCCGGCAGCUCAUCGACAACUUCGCCCGCAAGAACUUCACCGUCGAGGAGCUCGUCGUCCUCUCCGGCGCGCACUCCGUCGGCGACGGUGCUCCCGCGGCGGCGGCGCCGACCCUGCGGUGGUGA